UGCGUGUUUUAUACAUGUACAAGAAAUAACGAUAAAUCAUGGAGAGUUAAAUUCUGCCUUAAAAAACAACAAAAACAAACAAUAUCAUCUUUGAUAGCAAAUAUCAAAGCAUUGAUGAUGUUUGUUUUAUACAGUUUUAUAAUUUUUUAAGUUUAACAUUUAACAUGUGCAUGUUCAAAGUUUGCGCUCCAAGCUAUAUAUACUGGUAGGCCCGCCUUUUGUAUGCUUUACUGUAGUGUUUACAUGCUUAACAGUAUUACUCCGCUAAUUUAUGUAUAUGGAUAUAUGAAAUAAAAAUGGAAGAAUUACGCAUAGAAACAAUAGAAAUGCAUACAGGAGGUGAACCAUUGAGGAUCGUGACGUCGGGCUUGCAUGAAGUACAGGGUGAAACACUGCUAGACAAGAGAAGGUAUAUAAAGGAUAAUUUAGACUAUGUGAGGAAAAUGAUCAUAUUUGAACCACGUGGCCAUUAUGACAUGUACGGCGUGUAUUUAGUGGAACCCGACGCGGAAGGAGCUGAUAUAGGAUGCAUAUUUAUUCACAAUGAAGGUUACAGUACUAUGUGUGGCCAUGCUGUAAUUUCAUUAGGUAGAUAUGCGAUUGAUCAUGGCAUUAUACAGAAACCUAUAUCUCCAGAGACCAGGAUUGUAAUGCAAUGUCCAUGUGGGCCAGUGGAAGCCUUCGUCCAAUACGAAAAUGGAAAAACGGGGGCUGUUCGUUUUAACAGCGUUCCUGCUUUCUUGUUUAAAAAAGAUUAUGAAGUUAAUGUCCCCGGCUAUGGCAGUAUCACAGUAGACAUCAGUUACGGGGGUGCAUUCUAUGCUUUAGUACCAGCUGAACGAUUAGGACUUGAUAUGUCCAAAUCCUCCGCAGACGAAUUACGUAAUGCUGCAGGCAAAGUGACAGAGGCUCUGAAGGGCGUCUUACAGUUGACUCAUCCGAUUAAUGCCGACUUAGCAUUUCUUUAUGGCACAAUCCUUACAGAUGGUAAAGAUGAAUAUAGUGAAGAAGAAAGUCAAAAUAUGUGUGUUUUUGCAGAUAAGGAGGUUGAUAGAUCCCCUUGCGGUUCGGGGGUCACAUCCCGUAUUGCACAGCAGUUUACUCGCGGGCUGAUUCAAGUGGACCAGAAGCGUACAUUUAGGGGACCUACAGGUUCAAAAUUUGUCGCAAAGGCCGUCAAACAAGUAAAAUUUGGCCCAUACGAUGCCGUAGUAGUCGAAGUUUCCGGAAAGGGACAUUACACGGGAUCAAGCGUCUUCACUCUAGAAGCAGACGACAAAAUAGGAAGAGGAUUUUUGUUGAAAUAAAGCUUUGAAAAGCAA